GAUAAAAGAAAAAAAAUUUAACAUUCCCUUUUCCGUUUUCAUAAAAUGAAAGUAACACUCUUUAUUACAACCUUCCUUGCUGCAGCGAGCUUAGGAUUGGCUCUUCCACAAAGUCCUCCUACACCAUCUAAUGUGACUGCACAUUCGACUUCAAAAGGUUUACCUCAAAUUGAACAAAUUCUUGCUGAUGUUCCUGGUGGCGUUUUAGGAGAUCUCUCGCAAAAAUGUCAAUCUGCUCUACUUGGUCUUGUCACUGAUCCAAAAUUUCUUAAGUGUAUACCGAUAGCAUCAUUAGUACCUCUUUUACCACUUGUAACCGAUCCCUCCAUUAUAAAAAAUUUUAUAGCCGAUCCAGUUAAGAAUUUUCCUCCUCUUGAGACACCGUUACAAGCUUUUUCAACAGCAUUUUGUCCCGUUCCUAAGUGUAGUGAUCCAGAUGUUGCGGGUGCUAUUAAAAUUAUUCAAGAUGGAUGCAAAGAAGAUUUAGAUAAAAAGAAUCAAUUUAUUGUAAUGGUAUUUGAUGCUGCCGUAUUUUAUUCUCCAAUUCAUGAUAUCAUGUGCUUCCAAUUUGAUAAAGCUUUCUGCUGGGAUGAAAGCAUACUUACGGUCAUAAAAUUACCACCAUCGCCAAUUAAAGUUACUGGUGAUAAACUUCUCGAUGCAGUUGCAGUUUCUGAUCCCUCCGCAGUUUGUACCAAAUGUAACAAGGCUAUAGUCAACACUUUCCUUAAUUUUAUAACUGCGAAAGAAAGUGAUCUUGCUCGACAAAUUUUGGCAUCAUUCGGUAUUGAUCAAGCUAAAUUGGAUCAGCUUAGAACGUUUGUUGCUGUAAAAUGUGGUAUUAAUUUUGAGGAUGGUAAAAUUCCUAAAUGAAUUUUUUAAAUCUUGAUGAAUUUUGUUCAUUU